AUGCGCUGGGCUUUUCCCAGUUCAGUCGCCCUUACUAAGGGAAUCCCUGUUGGUUUCUUUUCCUCCGCUUAUUAA